AUGAUUACGAAUAGGUCGGCGGGCUUAUAUAUACUUUUAAAGCCAGGACUAGUGGCUAACUCGUUACUGUUGUCAAAGGUAUAUCAUUUGUUGCGUGUUGUUCCUGGUGGUGCUACUACUGCGUCGUGGUUGAAGUCGCUCACAAAGGUGGUUCGUGAGUAUCUGGUGUCUUUUCGCCCCGGUGUUGCCUGGUCUACUUUGUGUCUUCCUCGCAAAUUUGGUGGUGUUGGUCUCGUGGAUAUAGCAGAUCAAAGCUUAGCUUUGCAUCUUGUCUAUUUGCAACGUUUGUUGCGUCCACCCUCUCCCAGUGAUUUUGUCUCCUCUUGGUUGGUGUAUGCUUUUCAAGUUUACACUGGCCAUAAGUCCAUCUUGCCGUGGUUUUGUUUUCCUGGUCUUUACCAGUCUCGUGUGUCUUCUGUGCCUGCUCUAACACAUCUUGGAAAGCUUCUGUUGAGAUUGCCAAAGUUAGUUCCUUCCUCUGGUUGGUCUGCUAGCUGGUUUCUUGAUCUUCCCUUGUGUUCUGUUCUCAGUACUGUGCCUUCUUUGGCGAUGCGUCAUAGACGAGGAGCCUUGGAUAGCUUCUGCUGCUAUCAACAUGGUCCGUCAAGACCAUAG